GUAAUAUUAUGGCUUAUAUUAGUAAUGACCCCAGAAUCCAAUUCAGAUUCAGACCAGGCCAGAUACAACUCUCCGCUUUCAUUACCUACCAUCCUCUCGAAUCACGAUUAUUGCAUAGAUCGCGCUUUUCGAUACGAUCUAUUUUUUUGCUGAAUAGUUGAAGUACACUGCUGCUUCCAUACUGUUUACUUCUGACUGUUCUGUGAAGUACCCUGUGGACAUAACUAUACCAUUACUACUGUUCAAACUGUUUCUGUUCUGAGGUGAUUCAAGAUGGGCAUCGAAGAAACACACCUGAACGCGACUCACGCGUCACUCAACGGAACGCUGCAAGCAAACUCCACGAGCACCAACGCCACUUCCGCCAACAACACCCUCGACGCCCGCAGCGCGCUCACUGCCACCACGCCGACAACCGACCUCGUCUACCUCUCGACCGGCUACAAGACGCUCUCGUUCGUGCUCCUCGCGAUCCUCACUGUUUUGAUAUUUGCGAUCGCGGGUGUGCUGGUGGUCGGGCUUCGACGACGGACUGCGCGCGCGGCAGAGGAGGCGGUUAGGCAGGCGAGCGAGCGGUAUCAGGGAGAUUUACAGCGGCAGCGGGAGAUGGCGCGGAGAUUGAGGGAGGCUGAUACGGAGCGCGGGGUGAAGUCGCCGCCGAGAUCUCCUGUGGAGUCUGAUCCUGAAGUUAUCACGUUUCCCAGCGCUGGAGGGAAGAGUCGAUCUGCGUCAGGGUUGAAGAGCGAGAUACAGACGCCGGGUUCCCCCAGUGCUCGUCGCAAGAUGAACAUCAUCAUCCCGACCGCGCGGCAGUCCGGCGUCUCAAGCGGCGGCUCAUCUACACCUUCGUGUCCAAUCUCGGCAACCAGCUCGAGCGACGACGAUAUGUUCAAGUACACGAUCCCUGAAGCCGAAGCCGCCGAGCGCGCGCGAUCCGCGAACCCAUUCACGGACAGCAUCAGGGGUUUCGCGCGCAGAGUCGGUCUGGCCGGAGAAGAAACACCUGCGCGUGCCGAGGAUGCUGUCUCGACGAACCGUGUUUCGCCUGUUGCUGUUAGUCGACCGCCGCCGGCCGUACCCUCGCGAGCUUUGAAGCCAAGGCAGAAGCCGCAGUGGGUAGCGCCCGGUCCGCGCAUGUGAAAGUCGUGUCAUGCUCUCGUCUGCGUUGCCAAUCACAUUGCUGCUGAUUAGAGAUAAGUCUAUUCACGCGCGUUCACGUCGGUAACCUCGGAAGUGGUCGGUCGAUUGUCGAUAUUGUGUUUUUUAUAUUGCUUAGCGAGCCGAGGACAAGACAGGAUGAGGGGCAAUACCGCCUUCGUCGUAUCGGCUUAUCAGCUUAUCAG